AUGUAUCCUUUACAAUUACAAAGCACAGAAAAAGAAAAUGUAGACAUUAAUGUAGCUGAUGAAGCGCCUAUUAUAGAAGAAGUAAAUGAUGAUAUAUCAGGACAUCAUAAUGGAAUAUAUUGGCGGCUUCUUUUUCUUAAUUUGGUUGUAUUAUGGGCCUAUCAAUCAUUAAUUUCUGCACAAAAUUAUUACCGUAAAUUUUUUCCUAAUGAUCAUUUAGAUUUUUGGGGAACAGUAGCAGCUGGCACAAGUAUGUUUUGGCUUCAUGUGUUUCAAUUAUAUUUUGGUGUUUACAAAUAUGGAUUUACAAAACGUGUUAUACCUGGUUUUUUAGGUUAUAUUAUUGUUGCAGUUUUAGUCAUGGCUCUUAAAAAAAAAAUUGUUCUAAUUAUUGCUUUUGCGAGUGUUGGUGGAAUUAAUACAAUCACAGAAUCUCCUAUUUAUGGUAUUGCAGGAUUAUUUAUAACUGGUUCAUUUACACAAGCUGUUCAAGUUGGUAAUGGGAUGGCUGGAUUUUUAAAUGUUAGCGCAAAUACAAUAAUUCGAUUGAUUGUUUUACUUGUUCAUAGUCAUAUCGAUCAAGAUCAAUUAUCAUUUUAUAUAUUUAUGAGUGUAUUAAUAAUAUUAUGUUUUAUAGCUAUUUAUGUUUAUUAUCGUUUAAGACAUAUUCCUCCAGUUAAUAUAAGAAUAGGUCAACAAAUGGCUUCAUUUCAACGAGAAAACCUUGGUUAUUCUGCUCAAUUUAGUCAUGGGGAAAAUCAACUUUCAUUUUUCACCCUAGCGAAUAUUUUAAGAACUCAUCUAUUUGUUCAAUUUUAUGUAUUAUUUAUAAGUUUAUUAUUAUGGCCAGGUAUUCCAUGUAAUGCAACAAAUAAUGGUUGGUUUAAGGAUAACGGUAAACCGUGGUGGUGUUCACCUUUUGUUAUUGGAACAUUUAAUCUUGGAGAUCUUAUUGGUCGUACUCUUGCUGUUAAAGUUCAUCGAUAUUUUUCUUCAAAUAUUUGUUUAAUUUGUGCACUUCUAAGAAGUCUAUUUAUUCUAAUAAUAGUUUUUCGCCAUCACAUAGAUAAUAUACUCCUUCUUGUUUUAAUUACGUUAAUGGGAGCGACAAAUGGUCUUCUAGCAACAGUUACUUUUAUGGUUCGUCCUCAAACAAUCGUUGGUGUCAAUAACUGUGAAAGAGCUGCUUAUUUGAUGACAGCAGCUCUUUAUUUUGGAAUUGCAAGUGGAUCUAUUGUUGCAGCUAGUUUAGCAAUAGCUAAUGUUGCUUAA